AUGGCCACAACUCUGACAUACGCGGACGCCGCUCGCUUCCGGACGAAGGAACAAGGAACAACGCACUAUCAGGCUCACCCUAUCCUAUCGCUAUCCAACGGCUGGAUGGACGCGAAACACGUCUUCGAACGCGUCGGGGACCCCCUAAUCGCGCCCCCUACAUACAUCCUUGAUUCGGUACCACCCAAGGAAGCGCGUACUCAGGCAAUCAGAAACGCGAAGAUGACGAAGAAUCAUAAAUCAACUAAGGAGAACCUCCAAGCCAACCCUCAAGAACGAGAACGCGUCGCGGGGAAUCCCAGGCAGAUGUCUAUUCUCGAUCCCGCACCUAGGAAACACGGACGCGCGGAGACAACACGACGCGUCCACCGCGCGCUACAUGAUAAGCCAUCACCUAACAAUCCAUUCGCAUGCCUGGAAGUUGAGCACGGAGAGAGCUUGGAAGAGUCUGAUUCGGAAACUUCGGAAACAGACUAUCAAUCUUGCGACGCUUCGACUGGCGAGCUCAUUGACCGAGAUGGGUCUACGGGAGGAAGCGGUGAAGAAACCACUUCGCCCGCAGAGGACUACGCGAAUGGCAUUGAGGGUGCCAAUGAACACUCGCUAUCGUCCCCGGUCGCGUAUUACCCCUAUCUCGACGCGUAUCACGACAGGAGCUGGCGGAAUAACGAAGAUCACCUUCCACGCAAUCCCCCACCUUCCCCGGCCCUCGCCAAUGAGGACUUACCAGUACCUCUAAGCCCUGGAUCCGAACGCGCCAAGGCAAUGCCUGAGCUGUUUCGUCCCAGUAACCCCACCCCAAGAGAAGCGACGUUUGGCCCCUUCUAUGUACAUUACGAAACGAACGCCCUCACGGAAUCAUCAACUUGCACGGAGGGACUCCAAAGACCACAAUCCGUAGAUUUGAUAGAGUCGAGGAUGGGCGGUGUCCCUAGACUCUGGAAGUUGAUGGGUUGGCAGGAUGGGCGUGUUUGA